UUGGAGUAACGAGUACUUAUGAGGUUAACAGGUACUGUUAUUAAAAACGUAUAAACGAGUAACGGGUAGGCAUGAGAGGUAUUUUUACCCAUAUUCAUAGCUCUGGGUUAGGCAGAGGAACCAUCUCCGCCCUCCCUCCGGCAGCCGAUACAAUGCGUUGGUCAAUUCUCCUUUCAUCUUCAACCUCUCGCUUUCUCCGAUUUCCCAUUUUACCCUUCCAUACACAUUCCUCUUUUCACACCUUCAUCACACAACAAAACCCUAACCCUAACCCCAGCCCCAUUCCCUUUGUGGACCACACAACCGUUCGCGCAACCCUAACCUCCUUCAACAACGAUUACAAACGCGCUUUAGAAUUCUUCAAUUGGGUCGAAACCAAAUUCAAAUUCCAACACUCCACUGAAACUUACAACCUCGUACUCGACAUCCUCGGUAAAUUCUUCGAAUUCCAACAAUGUUGGAACUUGAUUCAUCGUAUGCGUCAAAAUCCCCACUCUUUACCUAAUCACACAACCUUCAGAGUUAUGUUCAAACGUUAUGUAUCCGCUCAUUGCGUCCAAGACGCUGUUAACACUUUUCAACGUCUCAAUGAGUUCAAUUUGAAAGAUGAAACAUCCUUUUCAAAUCUCAUUGAUGCGCUUUGUGAGUAUAAACAUGUUCUUGAAGCUCAAGAUUUGGUUUUUGGGGACAAAAAGAAUCAAACUUUAACUUGGAUAGUUGAUGGGGUUGAUGGGUUUGUUGCGAGUAGUAAAAAUACUAAGAUUUUUAACAUUGUGCUUCGUGGGUGGUAUAAACUGGGGUGGUGGAGUAAAUGCUGGGAGUUUUGGGAUGAAAUGGAUAGAAGAGGGGUUGAAAAGGAUUUACACUCGUAUUCAAUUUAUAUGGAUAUUUUGUCCAAAGGUGGAAAGCCAUGGAAAGCUGUGAAAUUGUUUAAGGAGAUGAAGAGAAAAGGUAUUCAAUUAGAUGUUGUUGUUUAUAACAUCGUGAUUAGAGCUAUUGGUGUUUCUCAAGGUGUUGAUUUUUCGAUUAGGAUGUUUUGUGAAAUGAAGGAUUUAGGUUUGAAUCCUACUGUUGUUACUUAUAAUACGAUUAUAAGGCUUUUGUGUGAUAGUUAUAGAUAUAAGGAAGCUCUUACGUUGAUAAGAACCAUGCGUCGUGAUGGUUGUUCUCCUAAUGCUGUUUCGUAUCAAUGCUUUUUCGCUUGUCUUGAGAAACCGAAGUUUAUUAUUGAGCUGUUUGAUGGUAUGAUUGAGAGUGGGGUUCGUCCUACCAUGGACACAUAUGUUAUGCUUCUUAAGAAGUUUGCGAGGUGGGGGUUUCUUCGAUUGGUUUUUUUGGUAUGGAAUAGAAUGGAAGAACUUGGAUGUAGUCCUGAUGCGUCUGCUUACAAUGCUUUGAUUGAUGCUCUUGUGGAGAAGGGGCUGAUAGAUAUGGCUAGGAAGUAUGAUGAAGAGAUGUUGGCCAAAGGACUUUCGCCUAAGCCGAGGAAAGAGUUAGGGACAAAGGUUUUGGGAGGAGAAUCUGUAGAGGAAUAGCUCUUAUGAAACCACACCAGAGAUUUCGGUCUUAUUCAUUGAAAAGAUAUUCAAGUUUCGUGGCUUAUAGUUUUAUACAAUAGAAUGUGAGCAACGUGUCAGAAAUGUUUAAAUCUAUAGAACAUUGCUCAUCAAUCAUAACCAUUUUUGAAAUGCCAGUUUUUGGAUCCUAACACCAUGAAUUUCUUCCAAAACCACACAAACAACUAUUAUAUGAUCAUCCUGAAGCAAUUUUUGUCACUGCAUUGCUAUUUGGAAGCUGCCUUCACAUUCUGAUUUCUGAGACACAAUGACACUUGUUAACCUCACAUUCAGUCCUUUCUGUAUCCUUACAAAUUUUGUUCUCAUUUAGCGGACCCUAUUUCCAGUUUCCACAAUGCUGUGCAGAUUUGAACUGGUUGGAGAAAUGUCCUAUCUUAGUGCAAUUGCUGAGACUGAACUAGAGUGAACUGCGAAACUGAACUCACACAUGCUGUGUGAUGGAACCCUUAUUCAUCUGUCUCUUUUAUUACAAAACUAGGUUUUAUUAAUAGGAUGAGCUUACUAAACCAGUGAUUACUGUUCAAACUUGGAUUGAUAACUUAGACACAGGCCAAAUGGCCCAAACUUAAGCCACAGAUAUUAGGGAGGAUUCAACUUAUUUCCUUGGUAUGUCAAUGCAAUAGCCCUAUGUCUACAGCUUGCAAUGGGAGGGCCUGAAGGGCUUCACUAUGCAUUUUGUGCACUGGCAGACAGGGCUGUCUAGAAUCAUUGAUGUGCAGAUAGGAGUUCAACUGGUGGAUGUUGGUAACUGAUAUAUCCAAAGGCAACAGUUAUCGGCUGCAGAAGACAGGGUGUUGUCGCAGCUAGUUUCCCGAUCCUUCUUGGCAGUUGAUGGCUUCACUCUUCAGUAAGUACAUCAAGUGCUACCUGGGUAGUUGAUAAUUUCUUUUCAACAAGAAUUGCUUUUGGCUCACAAUAUUGCCUUACCUAGCCAUUGAAGAAUUUGGGGAUUUUCAAUUGGUAAUGGGUUGUUUAUAUACAAGUUACUAAGCUCCACUUGUUUAAUUUUUUCUAUAGUUCUAUUUAUUCUAUUCAUGGAAUUCCAUGCACCAACCACGUUUUCUGAUAAUCUAUAGGUUCUCAAUGCAAUCAAAAUAAAAACUCUGCACACACAAAUAUAAUGGUUGCUUCUGCUUUGACAAUCCAAUGCAUAUUUGUCCAUUUGAGAUUGAACAUUUUCUUGGAGAUAAACCAAAGAAGAGGAAUUUGAGCAAUAUGAUAGAUUCAAUAUUUGAUUUA